GCUGAUUCCACGAUCGAACAGCAUGCACCAGUCGACCUACGUUCACUUCACAUCACCCACGACUCUGGCCCGCGUUCGACCUGACGAAGGUGUUGGAGCCAACGUAAGGUCUGAGUGAAAAAAUCGAUCGGGAUUAGAUAUUGCGAGGACUAAUUUUAACACCACGGUGUCCGACUACCCGACGAUAUGGUGAACACCUUGAUUGCAUCCUGGCGAAGCUACCCGAUGUGGCUGCAAUGGGUCGCUUCGAUAGCGGUAAUGUUCAAGCUGUUCGUUUGCGGGCUCUCCCUCGGUUGGGCCUCGCCCUACACCGCGCAGUUUUUGAGCGGGGAUUCACCGUUUCCCGCGACAACCGAGGAAGUGUCCUGGAUAUCAUCCAUGUUCCAACUGGGCCGAAUACCAGGCGCAAUAUUGGCAGCAAUUGGAGUCCAAUACUUGGGAAGCAAAAAAGUGCUGAUCGGAAACGGAUUGGCAUUUUUGAUAUCCUGGAUUUUGUCAAUCGCGGCUUACUCUGUGCCCUGGCUCUAUGUGACAAGAUUCAUUUGCGGAGCUAGCACCGAGGCGGUGAAUAUCUGCUACCCUAUUUACCUCGGGGAUAUUUCUAGCCCCGAAAUUCGAGGCACCGUCAUGGUCCUGGCGAUGAACGGCUUGACCAUAGGUUCCAUGGUAGGCUUAACCAUAGGGCCCUACGUCUCGAUGAGAGUUUACGCUUACGUGGCUCUUGUAACGACCGUCAUAUUCCUUGCGAUGAUGCUGUUGCUUCCGGAUUCACCGUAUUACCUUGCGAGCAAAAAGAAAUUUGAGGAAGCAGAGAAAUCCAUUCUUGCUUACAACCGAAAGGCAGAAGUCGACAAGGAGGUGAAAUCGAUUAAUGCAUUCGUCGCCGAAACGCAAUCGAUGAAAUUCAGGGACAGAUUGCGGGAGUUGAAUUUACCCUGCAACAGAAAUGCUACGAUGAAUUUGGUAUGGUUCACCUUCUUUGCCCAAUUCACCGGAGCCAACCCCAUAUCGGUAUAUCUAGAAACAAUCUCGACGAGAGCAAUGCUGACUGUGAUAUCAGCUUCAUCGAUGCCGCUUGUAACGACAGGUCUAAGCAUUUUAGGUGGGUGGCUGGUAACGCUGUUUGCUGACAAAUGGCAACGGACGGUAAUGUGGGUUAUUUCAAACGGCGGUGCCAGCUUAUGCAUGACGGCCAUGGGACUUCAUUUCUAUCUUCUGAAUGUCGGCGUGGAUCCAAAUUCGCUGCAAUGGUUGUUCAUUUUGUCGAUGGGAAUGUCUGGGCUAUUUCACAGUGUGGGAACCACUCCCGUACCUCACAUACUACUCGGCGAACUUUUCGGGGCUAGGAUACGAACUCUGGCCGUCUGCAUCUGCUGCUCGUUCGGAGGCAUCAUCGGCUUUCUCUCAAUAUACAUCUACCAAUAUCUGAUCGACAUCGUGGACGAGGCUUACGUAUACUGGAUGCUGGCAGUGGUUGCCUUACUCGCCGUGAUUUACGGCGUCGUUAUGAUGCCUCCGACGAAGGGAAAAUCUUUGACAGAAAUACAGACUGAAUUGAUAAGGAAAUAGUAUCCAUGCAAUGGACAGUAGUUGUUAAUUCUAAGCCUCCAGGUAACUCCUGCUUUUCUAGAUCUCCAAUAAUCUCUUUUAGACCACUCGAAGUAUACACAUUAAGUUUGUCGGUAACGUGGUGAUUUCUGCACGGAUAUAAAAACAGAAAAUGCAUGGUCAUCAUCUCAAAUGAGGCUCUCGUCUAAUAUCUUCCAGACAGUUGAUAAAAUUACGUACAAGUGAUAAAUAUAAUUAUCGUAAUACGAUCGAUAAAAUCCAGACUAGGUAUUUUACCGUAGUCGAGUGGCGGUCAAAAUAGGCCCCUGAAGAAUGGAAUAACGUUGGACCAAUUUCGACAACGCAAUUUUUUUGUAUCUGACCUGAGAAUAAAUUUUAAGCGUUAUCGACAUUUUUUCAAACUCCACUCAAUUGUACAGAAGGCCCGUUAUGUUCGCCUUUCCUCUAUGUAAAUUUGACCACUCCUCGAAAUUAUUUCUGUCGUAAUAAUUACUUUAUAAAGUUUCGCUCCUUCUCAAAUCUUCGAGUGUAAGAUUCAAUGAAGGUAUAGAAGUUUCCACAUACCAUAAAAUUCUGAAAUCUCUGAAAUGAUUUCAUAAUCAAAUCUUUAGUUGUUGAUAUGAUAGUAAUGUAUUUAAGUCAUUCGAAUGAAUGUAACUUUCAAUAUGUUUCAAAAUGCCGUCAAUUGUACGAAAAAAUCAUUAUCACAAAAAAUCUUACCGUUGAAGUGAAAUGGAAAGAAAUAUUUUUUGUUGAUUUUUUUAGUGGCCGAAUGCAAUUUUUUUUUAUUACAAAAACAGUCUCGAGUGGCCAUUUUCAUUGUGUUAACGACCUUGGCUAUCACGAAAUUUACACCUACCGAAAGUUAUAUCUACUGUAUAACUGGAGCUUGAGUAUUCGUAGCUCUUAUUUUUAGCCAUGUACUGGUACCAAAUACAAAGGGAAAAACACUCACGGAUAUUCUAGACGUCCUGCUGGAGAAUUAAUUAUGCGGGACAAGGCGAAUGCUUCGAAAGUUUCAGUCAAGCAAAAAACACUGAUCUCCAGUUACGAUCUGUUAUAAUGACAAAAAAAAAUCGAUAUUCAAAAUAUUUACUUUCAUC